UACAAACGCCUUAGAGUGCUCGCUAUAGUAACGCCGCGGUUCUAGAGACCCUACCACUCUGCAUGAAGGGUAAGGCAGGGAAGUGGUUCAGUAGCCUAGACGACGAGGUUUUUGGUAUCAUGACCUACGAGUUGGAAGGAGGGAAGGAAGAUCCAACUAGUUUUGAGGGAGAGGGGGGUUAUGAAUUUGAUUUUUGGUGUUGGGGAUUUGGAUAUUUAUUUAUCCUAAGCUUUAUUACUGUAUUCGGGAUCUUUUCAUGGCGGGGAAUUCAAAAAUUUAAGCAAUGUCUCUCUGACUGAUAACACCACGGCACAGUGUUAAGUUUCAUGGCGCGGUCUUGUCAAUGAUGCAUCGUUUUGUUAGAUGGCGGAUUGUCAAGCAGCAGGGU